UCGGCGGGAGGGGGAGCUGGUCCGCUCAGCAUAUAUUACCUUAGAGAUUGGAGCUGCCCGUAAAACCUGAAACCCAUCCGGUCUCAACACAUUAUAAAGCCCUAUGAAAACUGAGUGACGAUCGGCGUCCAUCUCAUCUUUCAAACGACAGCAGCAUGCCCGGUUACGACUAUAAGUUUCUGGAGAAACCGAAGCGGCGAUGUCAGUGCCCUCUGUGCAACAAGCCGAUGAGAGAGCCCGUGCAAGUCUCGACUUGCGGGCACCGUUUCUGUGACACCUGUCUGCAGGAGUUUCUCAGUGAGGGCGUGUUUAAGUGUCCAGAGGACCAGCUCCCACUUGACUACGCAAAGAUCUACCCCGAUCCAGAGUUGGAAGCUCAGAUUCUAUCGCUGGUCAUUCGCUGUAUCCACAGUGAAGAAGGCUGCAGAUGGACAGGACAGAUUAAACAGCUUCAGCCCCACCUUGCCACGUGCCCGUUCAAUGUGAUACCGUGCCCAAACCGCUGUACCGUCAAACUGAGCCGCAGGGACCUGGCGGAACACUUGCAACAAGAUUGCCCAAAGCGUCGCGUCAAGUGCGAAUACUGUGGCAACGACUUCACCGGAGAAGGUUACGAGAAUCACCAGGGGAUUUGCCCUCAGGAGAGCGUGUACUGUGAAAACAAAUGUGGGGCCAGAAUGAUGCGACGUUUGCUCUCACAACAUUGCCUUACGGACUGUCCGAAACGCACACAACCCUGCAAGUUCUGUGGCAAGGAGUUCGUGUUUGACACCAUACAGAAUCACCAAUAUCAGUGCCCACGAUACCCAGUGGCCUGCCCCAACCAAUGUGGAAUGGCAAAUAUCGCCCGGGAGGACCUUACGCAUCACCUGAAGGACAACUGCAACACAGCCAUGGUUCUCUGUCCCUUCAAGGAUGCAGGCUGCAAACACAGGUGCCACAAGAUUGCGAUGAGCAGACACAUCGAUGAAAGCAUGAAAGUACACCUGAAUAUCAUGUGCAGUUUGGUCAGUCGUCAGCGCCAAGAUAUCCUGGAGUUGCGACGGGAGGUGGAGGAGCUCUCAGUUGGCAGCGAUGGUGUCCUGAUCUGGAAAAUAGCCGACUACAUGCGCAAGCUGCAAGAGGCCAAACUGAGGAACAACUAUGAGUUUUUCAGCCCCCCGUUUUACACCCAUCGCUACGGCUACAAGCUGCAAGUGUCAGCGUUCCUCAAUGGCAAUGGAAGUGGGGAGGGGACCCACUUAUCAAUCUAUAUCCGCGUCCUCCCGGGCGAGUACGACAACCUGCUGGAGUGGCCCUUCUCCUACAAGGUGACCUUCUCUAUUAUGGACCAGAGUGACCCAUCCCUGUCAAAACCGCAACACAUCACUGAAACCUUCACCCCUGACCCCAACUGGAAGAACUUCCAGAAGCCUCUAAACUCCAGGAACUCCAUGGAUGAGAGCAGCCUUGGCUUCGGGUACCCCAAGUUCAUUUCCCACGAGGAGAUCAAGAAGAGGAAUUAUAUCAGGGACAAUUCAAUCUUCAUCCGAGCUUCUGUGGAGAUCCCCCAGAAGAUAAUAGCUUGAGUCUUGGCCAGGAGGAAAGGGACCAAUUCACUUCCUUUAACAUUAAAAGCUUUCCUUUUUAUAAGUGUACAUUGUGAUACAAACAAAUUGCUCGAGAACCAAAAUUUUCUGAGGUAGAUUUGGGAUUUCUCUGUGCACUACGAACCUUGCUACUGGGUGUGUGCAAAAGAUGACAUGGUACUCGAACAGUGAGUCUGCCCACUUCAGGGAGACAAAGAAUACCUCCACCGUGUGGCUUUUUUUUUUAAACAAAAGAAGAAAAUGUAUGUCUCAUUUUGAUUUGCCAUUAUUUCGCCACCCGUGCUCACAUUUGGGGCAUUUGAGAGAAUGCCAGACCAAAAGGUUGUGAGAACAUACUCAGUCUGAUCUAUAUUCCCACUCUGAAGGGUCACUCCGAAAACAGGUCCAAUCCAUGGAGGACUGGAGGAAGCAGUCUGAAGACAGGUUUGGAUUUAGAUGGAAAUAUUUUCCUCCAGGCAACUUUUAACUUUGUCCACAGACCCGUUUUAUGGAUAUGUGAAGAGAUCAAGGGCACCAUAACAAUAUCCAUUAAGGGGGAAGGAUACAAUUCUUUCAAGUGACGGUCGAUAAUGCAAAGGGGUUCAACUCCAGGCUGGGUUUGGGUGGUGCCGGACAUGUUUGUCUGUUUGUUUGUUAGAAGGAAGAAUCACCUUGCUGUUGAAAGUUGGCUUCUCAGGUGAUCAAACAUAAGCCAGCUUUCGGUAUCAGUUCAAUGUUUUCAGAGCAGCUACUUACAAUUCCAUGCUGGUCAGUGAGAGUGCAGGUGGGUGGGUUGUAGACGCAGCGGACUCUCCAUCUGUCGGAAAGCAUCGUCCAUUUACUCAGUCUAUUUAACAAGCAAGUGAAAUACAGGUGAUCACUCUUCCCAUUUUGCUUUGUCAAAAUGUAGUCCAUGGGGAACAACUGUGUGCAUAAAUACAACCUCAGCCUCUGGCCACCACGUGGUCAGCAAGAUUCACAAGAGUGUAGUCCACUGACUUUGGGGACUGCUGAUGUGGGUUCAGGGCUGUCUCUGGUUGUUCUGACUUUUCUCCAUUAUAUAACUUUGAUAGAUUAACAUGGGAAGUUUUCAGGCAUCCAUUUCAAAGAGCAAAAGAAACAUUCUGAGGGAGAGGGUAAGAGAGACCUUUAUUUUCAUCCCAGUGUUAUUUUGGAACAUGAGGAGUGACAUUCAGUGCACAGGAAGGGUUCGGCCUAGUUUAUAUUUCUGUUUGGCCGUGGCUGAUUGUUGAGAAAUGCCCAUUUUAAAAUGUUUUAAUGAACUAAGUAAGGUAUGUGCAAUAAGAAAGUGCCCGCAUUCAAAGAUGUGAAUAGUUAAAGCUACUAAUAUAUAACACAGUAAUGUUAGAAAUUAAAGAGGUUUGUUUCUUUUUUAAAUUUCUCUCUUUCAGUCAUUCUUUUCACUUUCUUCUCUCCCUCACAUGCUCCCUCAUGGAAAUUGUUAUCUUUUGCUAAGUGCAAACAAUAUCAGGUGCAAACUGUUUCUAUGACAGUGUCCAUGUUCACCGGUUUUGAAAAUGGAAAAAUUUUUUCUAAAGCCGAAUAUUUUAAAUGAAAUUACAUCUACAACUUUAACUGUUUUUUUGUAGUAGGUUAGAGACUCGAGUGUUUUUGUAAUAAAAAUAAUGAAGAGGUGGGAAAUAAUCUCAAUGGCAUGUUAAUGUAAUUCCAUUUUGUAGGUUACUUAAAUCAUUUGAAAAAUUUUGGAGUUGCCUUCUGCUUUCCAAGACUCCCAUGUAUAAUUUCCCUUCUAAAGCUAUUUAUUUUUUAGCUCUGUUGUUGAUCAUCGAGGUAGAGAUGCUUAAAAGCCAGAAUAAGAGAUGAUUGCCUGUAUGUUUGUCUUUUUCAAAAUAAAAUGUGUAUUCAUACAAA